CACAUUGAGCCUAAUAAUUGGAACGUGAUAAACAAAGAGAGGUCCAAAGGAUAUUUGAAUUGGCCGUACCAGGAUCACCAAGAUAUUCUGCUACACAAAGCCAGUGAAUUCUUUUACUUAAAAGGAAAGGAAGCUUCACUACAAUUCAAAAAAGAUUUCAUCGACAGACCGGACGUGAAAGCGAGCAAUCGAUUUAUUUUUAGUUUUAAGUUUUGGGGAUAUGAAGAUGCAGAUUUGCCCAAAAUUAAAGUGUCAAUCGGCAAGGAUUACAGCGAUUACAUUAGCCAAGAUUACGUACUCGGUUUCCGCGACUAUUGGAUGCCCAGAAAAUACCUUUUGACAUAUGACCAGUUAAAAGAUUUUUGGUUGGAGCUAGCUUUUUUCUCAAACUCAGUUGUUGCGUUGAAAGACAUAUCAUAAAUCAGUGAUUUGAAUCGAGAGGACACGUGUUUUACUUUGACAUAUUUGGCCAGAACGGAGGUCAUUAUUAACUUACACUACCUGUUGCCUAAUAAGGAAUUCACCAAGGACCAAAACAUAAUACUGUCCAUUAAACCCAAAAUAAUGUCCAGCGGUUUGUCUCCCGAAUCGAGCUCUAUAUGUAUGAAAGAUCUGUUAGCUGUGAGCGCGCGCUCGUAUUCUGUCGCACAUGAAAUACCGUAUGUUUACGUCAGUAUUAAUGGGCUAAGCGGAAAGGCUAAUGAAUUGUAUAUCAAACUGGAAAAACUAACCACAACGCCGUCGACCGCGUGGACAGAUUUAUUCAAACAGGGUACUAUUAGAAAUUACUAUGAUUCAACUGCACCAUGGCCAGUAGUGAUCCCUAAUAAACUCAUAAGUGCCGAUAGAAAUAAAUUUACAAUUGUAGUUACACCAGAAGAUGAACGCACGGCCAACGCUCAUCUAAUUAGCCAUUGGAUAAAAUACGACCCAACUCUAGCCACACACAAUCGACCUGGGCAAUAUAAGCUGACAUUUAAAGAUUCCAGAGCGUUCAACGCGUUCAAUAUUAAGCCAAAAGUGUGCGACGACCUUGCUCAUUGUACAGAUGUCAGCAUAAUCAACGUCAACAAAAAUGUGCAUAGCCCGGAUGAAAGGCCGUCACCACCGCCCAGCACUUGGGUCUACUCGUUCGUCAUGAAUGAAAUACCAGACACUAAAUACAUCAAAUUUAUGUUUGAGAUCGAAUACACGGCACACGAGUUGAUCCCGGGUGUGCUGGAGGCGCAGAUAGAACUGAUCACAUUUGGCGACCCGUGUCAGGUGCCCGCAACUGAGUGCGAGAACGUCGGUCGCGCUCGAGGCAAGAAGUGCAUGAAUGAGGCAGUGUCGAGCGCACCCAAUGUGUGCCCGUGUCUGUUCGGCUAUAGUGGCGACCGGUGCGAGAAAGUCGACUAUUGUAUGUUGGGAAAAUCUGGUCAAGUAAUAUGCGACAAUAGUGUAGCGUCAAAAACGUGCGAUAAUGAGGGCUCAACACAUUUGGUCGGAGAUAUGGGCGACAAGAAUAAAGUGUACCGAUGUGUUUGUCAGGAUCCAGCACAUUUUAACGCAGUAAACUGGGACAAGACUGCCAAAAUGUGUAGAGAAGCUGCGAUUAAAUUGGUUAGAGGCUGGACACAGGUUGGGACCGAUUUCUAUCCGAGCGAUUCAUCAAAUGAAAUAAGCUAUGAAUUCACUGACAUUAGUACCGAUAGAGUGGACAUAUGCUCGACAAUAGAUUAUACUCUCGUAAAUCCAACACAUAGUAUAACAGUUAACUAUCAAGUAGGUGUGUCAGUCAGAAAGUUAGUCGACUUAAAUUUACUACAGGGCAGUAAUGUUGUGAAGUUCUGUGUGAGAGACUUUAUGUACAAACCAUCUAGCAACUUUUUCUUGACCAUUACAUCUGUGGCCGAUAAAUACGACGCGAGUUCGUUAAUAAAAUUCACGUGGAGUGUAGAGUCCGUAUUGAUUGGCACAAUGAAUAUGAAACUGAUCGCCGGUUUGAAGGCAACCGAUCGGUGGAGAAAUGACUACCUGUUUGGAGACAAUGCUUUCACAUUUGACGGCACAAAAUUCAAAAACACAAUCACAAUUCCGCCUAAAACUACAACCGAAAUACCGAUAUAUUUAAUGAGCGAUUGGAUUGAAUUUAACCCCAAAAUUAACGAUCCGUUGAAACCGCGGAUAUCUAUCGACAAGAUAUUAGCGGCGAAUAUAAAUGCCGUGAAAAUCGAAACCGGAAUACUUUGGGACACACAAGACAUGUCUUCUCUACAGUUAUCUCGCGUCGCCUUUUUGGCCGACAAAGACAUCGAACAAUCCCUACAAAUCACUCAAUACAAUAAAAUCCAAUAUUUCAAACUUGUCAUGAAAUUUACGCUAACCAACGCCGACGCGACUAACCCUAAAACUGUAGACCUGGCGGUCAGUGAUGUAUCGAUUGGUGAUCCAUGCGAUAGAAGAGCACGAAAUGUUUGCUCAAAUCAGGGCACUUGUUCGUCACUGGUUGCACCGAUCCAAUACUCACCAGAAAACUACGUGUGCACAUGCGAUGACGCACAUUUUGGCAAAGAUUGUGAGCUGAAACGAUGCGCUGAUGUCGAUGCGAGGGAAAUGUGCAAUGCUUUACCGCGAUAUGCUUUGGAUAUUGCCAAUCCAUAUUCAGAUGUGGCCGUAUAUAUGGUCAGCAAAUGGGUUCAAAAGACAACCGAUUUGGUGGACGUAUGGAUUAAAUUAACGUCAAAAGACUUCACGGGAUUUGCCAUUCAAUUCGUGACGUUUGACGACAAACUACAAGAAGCGUCGGCUGUGGACACUGUGAUCGGCGACAACAAAAUCAUUCAAAACGCGGUCACUACAACUAAUAAUAAACUAAAGAUUAAAGUGCCGGCCGGUAGAGUUUGGAAGUUUGGCAUUAGAGUCACUUAUAUUACAAUAUACAAAGAGUUGUUUACAAUCGAUCAGUUCUCACUCAACGACCCGUGCGCUGAACCCGAUAAACACUCCCUAAUUAAUUGCGCCACAAGGGAUAGUCAUGGAGUGUGCAAACGAUUUGUGAAGGAACAUCCAGAGUUACCAUAUUAUUGCGAAUGCGACCGCAGGUUAUAUUAUGGUGAUAAAUGCGAACGAACUAAUUAUUGCACCAAUCCGUACAUUCAUUUUCCAAAUAAAAAAGGCGACGAUUAUUGUGCGAGUGAUGCUAAACGUGGUAAAUGUGAGAUCGAUCCAUCAAAUAAUCAAUUUGAGUGCACGUGUCCUAAAGUGGAACAAUAUUAUUGGGAUUCGCGCGACGACGUAAUGGAUUGCAAAAAUCUGCCCAAAUGUUUCACCAAAGGGUGUAAUAAAGUUAGCGAGAAUUGUGUGGAACCGCCAGAAGACACACCGGAAAAUGACGCAACAUGUGUGGCCAAAGAAGGCUAUUAUAAAGACCCGGUGACGGGAGUGACCACAAGGAUUGACAUUUGCAAAGUCGCCGACAGAAAGAUUGCCAAAUAUCUUAAUGAGAAACCCUGUGACGACGAUCGGGCUAUUUGUGAACACGACUUUAUUAGCCUCACCCACUACACGUGCAGAUGUCCCCCUGGCAAUAGAAUUACUCUACAGGUGCCCUGA